UGCUCCAUAAGACCGGAAGCAGUUAAGAGCGUCGACAGGACAGGACGCCAUUUUCUUGAGCGGAAUAAUCCGGAUUGAUAGCAGGUGGUUUCCACUUUCAACAGCAAAUAUUCAUUCCACGUCUCAAAACUUCAAGUUUGAUUAUCUACUCGUUUUCUGUUUGCAGCUUGUUGCUAAACACUGUGCCUCUCAAAAGAAGUGAUACAGGAUUAUUUUUUCAAGAUGGGACCGAGCAGUGGGGUGCAAGAGUAUUGCCUAAGGUGGAACAACCAUCAUAGUACAUUGGUCUCUGUGAUGGAUGCUCUACUUCAAAAGGGCAGCCUGGUUGAUGUCACUUUGGCUGCCGAAGGAAAGUCCAUUCAAGUGCAUCGUCUGGUUUUAUGUGCCUGUUCAAACUACUUUCAGGAAUUACUCUCAUUACAUUGGGACAAGCAAGCUGUGGUAUUUCUAAAAGAUGUUAAGUUUGACCACUUGCAAGCGCUGGUGGACUACAUGUACAGGGGAGAAGUGAAUGUAUCCCAGGAUCAGCUAGCUGCAUUUCUGAACACCGCAGAGGCCUUAAAAAUCAAAGGGUUAGCUGAUGGUGAUAGGGAUCGAAAGAAUGAAAAAAGAAUUCUCGAGAAAGCCAUGCGCUCCUCUUCUCCAUCAUCGUCGUCGAUUACUAGGCCCCCCAAGCGCGUUCGCAAGCAAUCCAAAGAAGAUUCCCCGCCAAUUGAUAAGACUCAGCUACCUCAACACAAUUUGCCUUCUCUUGUCCGUAUCCCACCUACUGUCACAACUUCCACUGCUGCCUCUAACGAUAGGAAUGACAGUCCAGUCCCUUCCCCAACAGACAGUCGCCCUGACGAUGACAUGCACUCGAAUUCAGCGGCCGACAACCUUAAUAUUGAAAUUGACGACGGCGAGGAAUAUUCGAUUGUGGAACCCAAAAUUGAAACGGAACUCGAAGCUGACUACAGUGGAGGCAGCGGCGAUGAAGAAGAUUGGAGUGAUUCCGAGUAUCCAUCCAGGAUCGAUGCGUCUCGUGGAGAACAAGGCUGGAAUGACGAUGCUGACGGACACAUGAGUGGUGAAGGACAAUCGCAUUUGGACCAUGGAGACCUAAACAAUUCAGCAAGAGGAUUAGUCGGCAGGUGGACGAAGCAAUCGCACGUUCGCGCGCCACCGAACAUGACCCACCACCUCCACCAGCACGAGGCCACCACUGCCGACGUCAACACCACCACCAACACCAAUCGAUCCAAGUCGCGAAAGAAGGUUUUGCCGAACCAGCUGGGCAGGUACGAGUGCCAUCGAUGCGGCCGCUCUUACAACCUGUACGGCAACCUUCGACGCCAUUGGCGCUACGACUGCGGCGAUCAGCCGCCCCAGUUUGCCUGCACGCUUUGCGGCCGCCUAUUUCGACGCCGUUCCAAUCUGCGAGCUCACGCCGUCCGCAGCAACUGCCAGCCCCUCACUCCCGUCAACAUUUGAAAGAUGCGAGAGACAAUCCAUUUGAGAAAAACAACCGUCCAAUUCAACGAUUUUUCUCUUCACCAGAUAACCACUUAAUCUUCCCCCCCUCCUCACUCUUUCGUUUUUUAAGAUGAAGCAGUUCCACUCUACAAGUUCAUAAUCACGUUCUCGUUUUCUUUGCAGCUUUUCCGUUUCGUUUCCAGUUUUUUUUUUUUUUCUUCUCCUUUUUUUAAGAUAGACGUAUCCGAUUUUCCUCCCUGUGUUUCUAUAUCGGCUUCGACCGAAUGUUUUUGUGGCGUGAUUCUACUGAUCGACAGAAAGCUUUACCGAAAAACGACGGUGAUGACGAUUAUGAUGAUAUUUCGUGCCCUCCUAUAAACAUAUAUAACGUGUCUUUUCUCUCUUUAUAUAUUUGUAAUAUUAUCGUGAAGGAAUUGAAGCCCCCCUUCUCACCCCUCCACACACACGCGCGCGCAUAUAAGAAAUGUAUAAAAGAAAACGGCCAUCGUGGUGGCUGCAAUCUAACCCAUUUUUUUCGGUAUCGGUUUUAAUCGAUGCAAUAUUAUAUAUUAAUCCCGAAUCCAAGUUGUCUGUUGAUCGGUCCUCAAAGGAUAUUUCUGUGUGAGACUCGAGGGUUGAGCCCCAAUAUUUUAAAUUGUCUUUUGAUUCCUUUUUUUUUUCUUUUUCGAUGAUUGCAAUUUUUGUCUUUUUAAAUACCCCCUUCUUCCCUCCUUUUUUUGAAUCUGUUAUUUCGGAGAUAGGAAAAGAGGAGAAUGUGAUGAAAGAUUUUUUCUUUUUCUAUCUCAUAUGUUUAAUCAUCGAUCAUUUGACAUGCCCCCAAAUUCCCCGCUCCCUCUCCUUCGAUGAUACUGUGCUUUCAAAAUGAUAUUUGCUGGUGAUUAGGGCCUUGUUUUUGCACUCUACAGCACACACACACAGAAACAAACACGGUGUAGUAUUUUUUUUUAAAUCAUUUUUUCGUUUUUUUGUGUUAUAAUAAUUCGUCCUUGUAUGGCGACGCCAGUCACUCGACUGCUAUCCACCUAAAGGGAACUAAUUACGAAUACAUCGAUGCCUUUCUUUGUGAUUCUUUGAUAA